AUGGAGGGAAGCCGUUUUUGUGAGGAAGAUAUAGAUGAAUGUGAAUUGGGCCUACACGAAUGCAAGAAUGGUGCAACCUGUUUUAACAAGAAGGAAGGAUACCACUGCGUGUGCGUAAAUGGUUGGGAAGGAAUUCAUUGUGAGAUAAACAAAGAUGAUUGCGUGGACGCACUUUGCGAGGCUGGAAGUACAUGCGUGGAUCACUUAGCCAAAUAUACGUGUGAAUGUCCACCGGGUCGAAUUGGCAACCUUACAGGAUUAUUUUGUCACAUGGAAGAUCCUUGUUUGUCGAAUCCCUGCCGAGUCGGUUCAGUUUGUGAACCAGACACAUCAAGUGGAAAAUUUACUUGUGAAUGCCCUAAAGGAUACAUGGGAGAGGAUUGUUCUGAAGAUGUUAAUGAAUGUAAUCAGGGUUACAUUGUUUGCUAUAAUGGUGGUACAUGCGUGAACACGCCUGGUUCAUUUCAUUGUGAAUGUCCCCCCGGUUAUACUGAUUGGCAUUGUCAAACCCACAUAAAUCAGUGUUCCAGUAACCCAUGUUUGAAUUCCGGAACUUGUUUGGAUUAUGGAACUCGGUACAAGUGUGUAUGUAUGUCAGGGUUUCACGGUAGUCGCUGUGAGCUUCGGUGUCCAGCUGGUUACGAAGGUGAAAACUGCGAACGUCGACAGUAUGUAGAAUGUAGAUCGGAGGAUUGCUUGAACGGUGGCAUGUGUUCCAAGGGUUCAUGUCGUUGUCCUCCGGGAUUUACUGGAGAUCUAUGUGAAAAGAAAUCGGAUCCUUGCAGAUAUAAUAACUGUCCUUCCAAUGCUAUGUGCAUACCGAUAAAUGAUGGCGCAACCUAUAAAUGUGAAUGUAAAUUAGGCUUCUACGGACAUGAGUGCAAGCAAGAAAUGAAUGAAUGUGCGUCAAAUCCGUGCCAACAUGGUGGAGUUUGCACAGAUAACGUAAAUGGAUACGUGUGCUCAUGUAGCCCCGGUUAUACUGGAGAUCAAUGUCAAACAAAUAUCGAUGAUUGCAAAAAUCAACCAUGUUUGAAUGGUGGAACGUGCAUUGAUGGUAUCAAUUCCUAUUCCUGUCACUGCAUUUUACCAUAUGAUGGCGAUCGGUGUCAAUUUGAAUUAAAUCCUUGCCGAUCAAAUCACUGUGAAAAUGCAGCAGUUUGUAAACCAACACCGACUUAUAAAAAUUAUACUUGUAUUUGUACUAGCGGCUUUGGUGGAUAUUACUGUGACAUUGAUAUCAAUGAAUGUGUUGUGAAUAAUCCAUGUGUAAAUGGUGGCACAUGCACAAACAUAUUCGGUUCAUACCAGUGUAAUUGUCCAUAUGGUUAUACCGGUAAAAAUUGUGACAAUGAUCGAAAUGAUUGCUUACCAAAUCCAUGUUUAAACGGGGGUCACUGUAUCGAUGAAUUGAAUGGUUAUCACUGUGAUUGCCCAACAGGUUUCACUGGACGUGAAUGUGCCACAAAUAUCAACGAAUGUGGAACAUCACCAUGCGAGAAUGGCGCGACUUGUGUCGAUCACGUGAAUGGUUUUGAAUGCGUGUGUCGAAGUGGCUUCACUGGGACACUUUGUCAAACCAACGAUGAUGACUGUCAACCGGGGUAUAAAUCUUCUCAUUGA